CUGCGAUCUGAUUGGUCCGCGUUAAUGUUUCCGCGGGAAUUUUUUUUCUUUUCUUUUCUCUGCCGCGUGUGUGUGUGUUGAUAUCUUUAGCUUUUCGUCUAUAAAGUGCAGGAUGAAUCUAGAAGAAAAGAAGACAUGCGAUUUAAUUAACGGCACAGGCGUUCCUGCCCAGGCCAGGAAGAGGCAGGACUACCUGGAGUGGUCAGAGUAUUUCAUGGCUGUCGCAUUUUUAUCCGCGCAGAGGAGCAAAGAUCCGAGCUCACAGGUGGGAGCGUGUAUUGUAAAUCAGGAGAAUAAGAUUGUGGGGAUCGGCUAUAACGGGAUGCCUAAUGGCUGUGAUGAUGACCUCUUGCCCUGGGCUCGCUCCGCUGAUGACAGACUGGACACUAAAUAUCCCUAUGUGUGCCACGCUGAGAUGAAUGCCAUCAUGAAUAAAAACUCAGCAGAUGUGAAAGGCUGCACCAUUUAUGUUGCUCUGUUUCCUUGUAACGAGUGUGCUAAACUCAUCAUCCAGUCAGGUAUUAAAGACGUGGUUUAUUUGUCAGAUAAAUACCACUACACCCCAGAGAUGGAAGCUUCCAGAAGACUGCUGGAUUUGGCCCGUAUUACAUACAGGCAGUUUCAGCCGAAGAGGAAGAAGAUUGUGAUUGAUUUUGACUCUGUUGGUCCCUCUGCACAGCGUGAGUGUAACGAAGACUGCACACCGGCGCUAAACGGCAACAGUACUGAAACAACUAACAACCAGAACUGAAGUACUGAAACUCGGGUCUUCUAUAGGAUCAGUGUUUUUAGAGAUUUUAAAUUCUUCAUAUACUGAACAUCCCUGAGGUAUUCCAUGACCGCUCUGAGUUCUGAAAUGCUGCUAUUUGGUCUUUGAGUGGAGGUUAGGAGAAAACCUGAUUAUUAUUCAUAUACCAAAAAUUAAAAUGAAUGUCAAAUACUGAAAUCUUUAGAGAUUAACUUAGAGGAAUAUCUGAAUAACUAUCACGUCAAUGGACUAAAAAAGUAUAAUCAAAUGGAACUGUAAUAAUGAAUGUUACUGAGGAGUUGAGAUACAGAAACAUUAAAAUAAAUUAGAACUGAAAUAAACGUAUCUUAAACCUCGUAUUAUUAAAGUACUGCAGGCUUUCAGUAGGUUGAGAUUCUGAGCUACUGAAAGACAAAUAAUCACUACAGAUCCUUUAUAUAGAAAUACAUUAAAUACUGUACUGAAAUGGAACAGGUAGAAAUACUUCACUCCCAGAUAUGGUUUAUUUUUACUUAAUAAAGUGCUGAAAUACCUACUGAAAUCCAAAAGGAUUCAUAAGAUUGUUUCUUCUUCUCCUUUUCUAUCUUGGUGCAGGUUUGUCUUUGCUCUCUGAUUCAUUACAGGCACUGUGCUGAGUUUAGAUGAAUAUAUGGUUUUAAAUGAAUUAAAGCUUUGAUAAAAUAUUAUCCAACCUUUCACUCCAAUCUUUGGUUUUAUGUGAACAAAUAUUAUUCAUCUUCUGUUUUAAUGUAUGUAAUUUUCCACCUUGUUGUUUUUAAUAGUGCAUGUUAAAUGUGUUAUGGAGGGUUUUGGGUUUUAGACAUUUAAAGCUAUAAAGCAGUACUUUGUUGUAGCUAAGGCAACAGAUUGUUCUGGAUUAAAUAUUUUU